AUGUUGCAAGAACUCCGUAAGAUUAACUCUUACAACGCCUGGGUCGUGGUCUUUGUGGCCGUCGGCACCAUCGCCAGUGCUUAUGGACUGGCCAUCAUUGGCUCGACCGUCGGAGAACCAGGAUUCUACGAUUACUUCGGUCUGGCCGCAGAAGGAGAGUCGGGAUAUGACCAUACCACGAACAUGGUCGGCGCAUUGAACGGCGUCAACUCAGCCGGUAAUAUCGCAGGAGCAAUUCUACAAUCCUGGACAGCAGGCCUCUUCGGACGCAAGCGAACCAUCCAGCUCGGAUCAGUGGUCUUGAUUAUUGGCGGUGCGCUAUGCGCAGGGUCCGUGCAUAUGGCUAUGUUCCUGGUCGGCCGUUUCAUCGCCGGUAUGGGCUCCGGCAUCCUCACCUGCAUCGUCCCUAUCUACCAAGCGGAGAUCUCAACCGCAGAAACCCGUGGUGCAAUGGUCGCCAUGACGGGUGUCAUGUACUCGAUGGGAUACAGUCUUGCCGGCUGGCUGGGCUACGCCUGCUACCACAUGCCCUUCAAGAGCCCGGCCGUAUCCUUCUCCUGGCGCUUCCCGCUCGCUGUGCAAGUGCUUUUCCCCCUUAUAGUCCUGGCGGGUAGUUCCUGGAUCCCAUACUCACCCCGCUGGCUCCUCCAGCAAAACCGCCGCGAAGAAGCCCUAUCCAUCCUCGAGCGCCUGCACGAAACCCCCGACGAUCCGCAACACAUUAAGGCGCGCCGCGAAUUCGACAUGAUCGACGAACAGUACGCCCUCGACCAAGCGCUCAGUCUGAAUCGCCGUUUCGAGCUCUUCCGCACCGCUACCAACCGCCGUCGCUGCCUCAUCGCUUCCCUGCUCAUGUGGGGCGACCAGUUCUUGGGUGUUUAUGUCAUGACAAACUACGGUGUGAUCAUCUACGGCAACCUUGGUCUGACGGGGUCCAUCCCCUUGCUUCUGAACGCAUGCUGGAACAGUUUCACCAUGAUCGGAAACAGCUGGACAGCGUUCUCAGUCGACCGCUUUGGUCGUCGAACAUACCUUCUCAUCGGCUCAGUGGGCUGCAUCGUCUCGCUCGUCUUCCUCUGCGCCUUAUCCGCAGAAUACCUAGACACAAGCAACAUGUCCGGUCUCCGCGCAGCGGUAUUCUUCAUGUUCUUCUACAUCUUCUGGUGGUCAUUCUUCAUGGACGCCACGCAGUACGUCUACGUUGCGGAGAUCUUCCCCAAUCACCUCCGUCCGCAAGGCGUAGCCCUAGGUCUCACCAUCUUCUACCUUGCCUCUGAAGUGACCCUCGUCGGCGCACCCGUAGCCCUCAACAAAAUCGGGUGGAAAUUCUAUCUCGUCCUAAUAAUCCCGUCCGCUUGUUAUCUUGUGGCUAUGUACUUCCUGUUCCCUGAGACGAAGGGCCGGACCCUUGAGGAGAUCGGGGCAUUGUUUGGGGAUGAGAAUGUCGCGAAUUUUACGGAGGGGCAGGCGAGAGUUGAGGAGGGUCGGUCGAGUGAUGAGAAGCCUGAUGCUUCGCCUGAGAAGGGGCACAUAGAAUCAUGA